UUUCAUCUCGCAAAAUAUUUUAUCUGUUAUAAGUCAAAAUUUUUUCAGCUAAUCCGUUUUUAUUACACGAGAAACAAUAUUACGAGUAAUGAACACGUAUUGGAUUUGUUCCGAAUUUAUUCGCUAGGAUCAUUGUCAUCACUUUCACUUUUCACACGAUUUGUUUUAUUAGUGGUUCUAGUGUGCAUUCGCUGCAUUGACGCACAAUCGCCAUGGAUGACACCAUGUCGACCCUAACGAAAAUGACCCGCACGGUAAAAAAACUGGAGGUACCUAGACCUCUGAAAUCAACUACCAGUUCCGCACACAACCGCAACUCCGUGUUGGACGUCAAAAUAAAUUCCGUUGAUGACCUGAUAGUAUUGACUGAAGCGGUGGCUUAUCAAAUGAUGCAGGGGAAUUUUGACCGUGCGCUGCAAAGCAAUGUGGCCACUAUGUAUUCUAACCUGAAGCUUUAUGGCGCUCAGCUCGAAUCUCUUUACAAAGACUUUCUGGACAGAUAUUUCGUUGUGUUCCGCAAUGGUUCUCAAGAUGAGCGCUUGGACAAAAAGACACGUCUUCAUCUUCUUGAGUUAAUCGAACUGCGCGCCAAACUUUGGCAAGGCUCCGAUUACAUGAGUCAAUAUUACAGGCACCGUGGCACACAUGCAGAGCCGCUGCUGGUGCCGACGAUGGAGGGGUCGGGCACGGGCGGCGCGGCGUCCCCGCCGCUGGCUGCGCCCGCCGAGCCGCCCACUCUGCUCGCCCCCGGGGAACUCAUCAAGCCCUCGGGCAAGUUCCCCAAGCCCACCAAGAUCCCCGGCAAGAACUACUCCAAGGACGAAGUCGUUAUCAGAAACGCCGAUUCCGGAAAAGUGAUGGGUAUCAAGGGCAGACGGGUGCACAUGAUCGAGGAGCUAAGUGACACGAUAAUAUCGUUUCAGCGAGUGAGUCCUGGGGCUAAGGAGAGGCUUGUCCAAAUUACUGGACCUAACGAAGAGAAUGUAAACCACGCGAAGCACCUGAUCGGCGACACGAUCCGCCGCAACGCGUCGCCCGUGCGGCUGGACGCCGAGCCCGGCCUGCGCGCCUCCCGCGCCUCGCUGGACUCCGGCCCCGACGACGACGAGCCGCGCCACAGGGAGAAAUCCCCACACAGCAAUAGAGCUCUUCUUCAUAGCUUCUCUACGAAUGACGCUGCGCUUGGAGAGUACAAGUACACUGUGACUUUUGGACAACAUUCCAUCAAGAUCACUGGCAAUAAUCUGGAUCUUGUAAAGACGGCGAAGCUAGUGCUGGACGAGUACUUCGAGAGCGCCGGCGCCCUGGAGGCGCUGGGCGCGGGCUCGGGCGACUUCUUCACGCUGUCGGUGCGGCCCGGCGCCGCGCUGCUGCUGCAGGACGACGCCGCGCUCAACGGCGCCGACGACGACGUGUUCCACGCGCCCGCCGACGCUGCGGACGGGGACGCCACGCCGCGCCGCCCGCGGUUCUCGCGCGCCACCAGCACCGACAAGAACCAAGGUGGUAGCGGCGCGCGGCAGACGUACACGUACGAGACGCUGGUGCAGUACGCGGACUCGCCGCUGAGCAAGCUGCCGCCGGCCGGGCUGGCGGGCUUCCCGCCGGAGCUGGCGCGCAAGAGCUGCUUGGAGUUCGACAGCGUGUCCUACUUGAAGAAGGUUCGCGCUGCCGCCGGAACCACCGUGGCCGCCGACGACGCCCCGGACUCUCCCGAGCCCGAGUAAACCACACUAUACCAUACUACACACGCACGUUCGCUCGUAUAUCGAUUGCUACUCGAACCUAUUCUCUGAGGUAGGGUCACUAGUACCGUCACUAUUGCACGCAACGAGCGAACCUGCGACUUUUACUAGCAGCUUGUUAGGCAGCUGCGGACGCCUCCGAUGACUUUGUACGUAAAGGAAACCGUGAGACGAUUCAAGUCUUGAUGUACAACCACGUUAUUUGCCGUCCGCUGUGCUUAUAUCGCACGACUUUCACUCUACUUUAAAAAAGUAUUAAGAGCACCAAAAUAUUUAUUUUUGUAGUGAUGGGUUUAGAGUAACUCAUUUUGUGAACGAAUGGUUAUUUAUAGAAAUAUUAUUAAAUUAAAACUGGGGAUUUAUGGUUACACAUUUAAAGCACACGUUAAUAGUCUGGAAUACAAUGAUCUCGACGCAGUGGCUAUAAAAAUAGUAACAGCGGUUACAAUAUAAUUUGAAAAUGAAUUACAACAAAUUAAGUGCAAAUUAUGCUUCCAUGUUUUCUUCCAUUUGUUGUACAUAUACAUAUAUUGACGACUCUAGUUUCGGGUGUCAAGAGUGAUUCCAUUUAUUAUAAGAAGAAUGCAUGCAUUUCUUUGUGUGUUUGUAUACUCAUUUUCAGAUUUUAGUGUCUAGUCCUGACGAGUAGAUGUCGAUUCUCAUAUUAUUAUCUUAAGCUUUUUAUUUAGGGAAGCCUGUAAAUCAGUAGUUUAUAGUCAUGAAAUGGGGCGUCCCCAAUAAAAUUAUAUAAUUGUUAAAGAUUCUUCUCUGUUAAUUGAUUAAAGCUUUUAAUAGUUAAACAUGCUGUGCACUAAACCAAAUAAUUGUUAUAAACUGUAUUAUAUUUAUAUAAAAUAUGUAAAACUAACCUAUAGGAGUUGUGAUUCCCAGGCUUCCUUUUAUCUUUGAUUUCGUAAGUAGUUUAUAAACAGUUAAUUAACAGAAUAUACUGACGUGAAAGACUGGUCCUUUCUUUUUAAAGAGCAACAUUUUCUUUUUAUACGAUUUUUAUUCAGGAUUUUUGGUCGCCCAAAUCACGGGAGUUCCAUAAGUAAAAGUAUGCCAACCCAUUAUUACUCCAGACACUAUACACCAUAAACAAACAUUAAGAAUUUAGAAAAAAGGGAACUUUGUGAACCAGUGCAUAUACAUCUGUAUUACUAAAUUUCACCAUUCGGUGCUUAUUAUUCGGAAAGUAUUAUUGUUGAAUCUUAAAUAAAUUUUAUGUUUACUAUUUUUGUUUUUGUGUCAAUUUAAAUAAGACUACUGUGAAAAUUGAUGAUACACUAAAUUUUCUAAUAAA